UCUCGGUAUAGCUCAGCAUGGUCCUCAAAAACAUCAUUCUUCCGUUUCAAGACUCUUCAAAACAAUGGGAUAUCCAAAUAGAAGAGGGAGUGGUGACCUCCAUGAAGCCUUCUGCUGGCAGGACAACACCAAGCGUAAUGCUUCCCUCACUCUGUCAUCCUCAUAUUCAUCUCGACAAACCAUAUCUUCUCACCUGCAACCAUCCAAAAUCCUCAAACCACCCAGAUUACUCUGGUCUGGCUCCCAAAACAGGAGGGUUUCAGGAAGCCUUGGUCAAUACAGCUGAAGCAAAGAAACGCUACACCGAGGAGGACUUAUACCUACGAGGGUCUCAGCUAAUAGCCGCAAGUUACAAACAGGGUGUCACUUUCAUGAGGGCCUUUGUUGAGGUUGAUUCUGUCACUGAACUCAAAACUCUGGAGGUGGGAAUCCGGCUAAGGAAGGAAUUCGAGGACUUUUUGGAAGUGCAAAUCUGCGCCUUUGCACAGGACCCUAUAUUCUCGACAGAGAAGGGAGAGGCAAACCGAGAUAUGUUUGUGAAAGCUCUUGGUCAGCUUGGUUCGAAGAUUGAUGUUAUUGGAACUACACCGUACGUGGAAUCCGACGUUGAAGCGCAGAAUAAGAACAUACGUUGGGCCAUCGAAACCGCAUUGAAAUACAAGAAACACCUUGACUUUCAUAUCGAAUUCAACCUGGAUGGCGAUGGAACCCACAUGUCUGUGUUUAAUCAUAUCAUUGAAGAGCUCAGGGUUCUUAAGUGGCCUACAUACCCUGGCGCUCCGACUGUUGUUUUUGGGCAUGCUACUAGACUUACUCGUGCUACUCACGAUGAUCUGGUCAGACUUUCAGAAACGCUGAGAGAGACAAAACUGCCUGUUCACUUUGUCGGAUUACCAACUAGCGACCUCUACAUGAUGGGCAGACAUGGGUCUGACGGUUCAAGACAGGGUGAACCGCUCAGUCGACCGUGUGGUACAAUCAUGGUACCCAAGCUAAUUCAAGAGUACGGAAUCAACGCCUGUCUGUCAGUCAACAACGUCGGCAACCCAUUCACUCCCCACGGCGAUGGCGAUCCUCUUAAAAUAGCAAGCUGGGGCGUUGGCCUAUUCCACGCCGGAACAGUCAAAGAUGCAAAGAUCCUUUACGAAGCCAUCAGCACACGAGCAAUGGACGCUUUAAACCCUCGGGCUGAAGGACAUCAUGACAUGUUCACAUUGGCGGAAUUCCACCAGACGAUGCCGAUGCUUUUAUUCAAGAAUGAAGAGAACAUCGAAAUUAGUUCGGCGAGUGGAAGCAUGACGGUUCCGGCUAGGCAAAGGCUUAGCAUUCAGGAUAUAGUUUGGGAUCCGCCGGAGACACGACUGAGAAGCAUCGUUGAAUAGGCUAUAGCUAACCCGAUCUACAUUUGUUCUAUCUAUAUCCUACAUAAAGGUCCAUCCGGCCUCUCAACCCACUCCUCAGACCCAACACAAGUAGGACAGUAG